AUCAAAGCUGACUAGGAAUUUCGUUCCAUCUUCAUGCAGGCCGACAAGCUCCAGACCCUCAUCUCUGCCGCCAAGGUUCCCGAGAUCGAGCCCAUCUGGUCUUCCAUCUUCGCCAAGGCUCUCGAGGGCAAGGACAUCAAGGAUCUCCUGACCAACGUUGGCUCCGGUGGUCCCGCCGCUGCCGCCCCCGCCGCUGCUGCCGGUGGCGCCGCUGCCCCCGCCGAGGCUGCUGAGGAGAAGAAGGAGGAGGAGAAGGAGGAGUCCGACGAGGACAUGGGCUUCGGUCUCUUCGACUAAAUGUCCUAAAUCCUUUGUUCCUUGGAUCUGGAUUCCCCAUCAUUUCCUUUUUGCUUCCUCGUUUCCUAUCUUCUUC